AUACCGUUUCGAUCUUGCUUCCAAAGUAAUUGACUCCCAUCUGUGUCGUAGCUCGGUCGUAUCGCUGUAGAUUACCCACAGCUAAAACGAAAUAGCGUGACUGUCAAUGAUAAAUAUUGAGUGCCAUUGACUAUAAUCGUAAUAAUCACUUGUGCGAAAAUGAACUAAAUUUAUCAUUAAUUGCUUAGAAUAAUUUGUGCAGUAACAAUGGAGAAGGUAACAACAGUGUCUGAAAACUUGGACAGUGACAAAAAAAAUGCAACAGAUUUGGAUCAAGCUCUUGCAGUGGCAGGUAUUUAUGUUUUCUAGUGUGGGGUGGUAUAACCUGAAGUACAGCCUGGUUCUGGCGUUGUUCCUGAUCGCGGCCAUCAUAGAGCCUUCAGGCUACUCCUACGUCCUCCCGGCCUCCAGGUGCGACCUUCAGAUGACCGACGCGCAGAGGGGGUUCAUCGCUUCUAUACCCUUUAUUGGUGUAGUAAUAACAUCGUACCCGUGGGGUUACCUGGUGGACACGCGUGGUCGCAAGCGCAUCGCCGUGUACAGUUCGUUAGCGGCCGGGGUGUUCGGCGUGUUAUCAGGGUUCAUGCCCGAGCUGAUCAGCUUCAUAAUCUGCAAGUUCCUCACGGCCCUGUGUAUUGCGGGCCCGGCGUCCGUCCCAUACUCAUUUAUCGGAGAGAUCUUGCCACAGAAGUACAGAGAUAUAACUCUGUCAAUAGUCAAUGCCAUGCAGAUCUCUGGCUCAGCAUUCGUGCCCCUAAUAGCGUGGGCAAUACUACCGUUGGACUUUAGAAUAAAUUUUGGACUCUACGAAUUUAGGCCGUGGAGAUUGUUGAAUAUAGUAAAUGCUAUGUUCUUUAUUAUAGCAGCCGCCCUUAUGUCCUUCGGCCCUGAAAGUCCAAAGUACCUUGUAGCCCAAGGCAAGCAUGAUGAAGCCAUGAAAGUGCUCCAGACAUUUUACGCUGGAAAUAAGGGGAAGUCUCCUGAAGAUUAUCCGGUAAAAAUGCUAAAGAUGCCAAAUAUUGACCAGCCACAAAAACCAGGUAUAUUAGCGUCGUUAAAAGCACAAUCAUUGCCUCUACUAAUGCCUCCGUACGUGAAAUGGUUGGCUCUUAACGGCUUCUUAUUAUUUGGAGUGUUCGCUGUAUUAAACGGUCUUUCCGUAUGGGUCCCAGAUAUCCUGAACCGUGUAUUAACUGGGAAUGGAGAAGGUUUAACUGCUUGCGAAGUCAUCGGCCAGAGACUAAAUGAGACUAUCACAGACGGUGACUGUAUCGACACGAUUGCGACAUCAACGUUUAUCAUUAACUUAGUAGCUAACUCGAGCUGUGCCGUGAUCGCCAUCGUCGGCAGCAGCAUGGUGAAGAUCUUCGGCAAGAAGACUUUGAUCGUCGUGGUAUUCUUCCUCAUAGGCACAUUUUGCGUGAUGAUUAACAUCAUCACUCACGACAUGCUGUUUGCCGCGCUCCUGUCGUCGUUCCCUAUAAUGGGGAUGACUAUUGGACCGAUCAAUGCUUUUGCUGUCGAGAUAUUCCCUACGCAGUUGAGAGGUAUGGCAAUCAGUCUAGCCAUGAUGAUCGGCCGCUGUGGGUCGGUGAUGGGCGCCAACGUAGCUGGUAUCCUACUGGACAGCUUGUGUGAAUCCACGUUCUACCUGUUCGGUGGUCUCCUUAUACUGUGUGGCGUUUCAACAUUCCUCCUGCCUAAACCAAAGAUAACUGAGAAUAGGAUUACGAUGAGUCGACUUUAGGAUAAAAAGUAGAAGCUCAAAUGUACGCGGCAACACUAUUCCUAAAUUUUGACAGUUCUUCAUAGAAUCCAAUUAAAAUUCGUGAGUGUAUCCCAUCUGAAGGAUGAGUUACGAAAAAGAAAAGCAGCCAUCAGUUGUAAAAAAACAGUUCUGAUUGAAAAUAAGUUUUUCUAAAAUAUCUUCUUUCCGAUCUUUAGGGAAUAAAUAUAACACUGAUUUAGCAGUUAAACGCUGCGCAAAUGGUUAUAGCAUUAUUCCUUAUUCUAUGGUUAUAGUGUAAAAAUAUAACCAAAACAAUUCUUCUUACAAGACCAAAACAAUAUGUUUGUUUACUCAAAUACGAGUAGUAUGGGGAACUGUCAAAAUUUAAAAACACUACAGUAGCGACACCCGAUGGAAGAAUUAGGCAGAUUUUAUCCUCAUUGUUGAGUGGGUCCUAGGAAAAGUAAAAACUAGUCAGUAUAGUUAUAGACAGUGUACUUGGAUGAGAAACUGGAAUACAGAAUACAAUCAAAGAUUGAUUA